ACUUUUAAAUCUUUAUCGUUUAUAUUUACUGCCACAUCAAGUGUGUUUUGUUGCAAGACGAAGAAUUCAGCGAUUUAGUUUCUGUUCAGUACUUAAAUCUGCGGGGGGUAGGGGGGGAUAUGGCCUCAGUCUCUUUGUUGGGAAGGUUGCUCUUUGGGCACUUGAUUUAUCACUCAGAGGUACUUUGAGAAUACCAGACUCAGGCUCUUAGCAUCUUGGAAGCUUUGCUUGCUUGUGGAAAGGAAUAACUUAGCAAAAGUACCAUCAAGUACUUUUGAAGUGUUUGAGCAUCCGAGAAGACUGUCUUGUUACCGUAUUGAAGGACUGCAGUCCUUUGCUUUGAAAGAACUUAGUUUCUCUCCUCUUGAAAAAUUCCACGAUUAGAAAUAUUACUAGGAAUGAAUUUAGUAUAAUUAAUCACCUUAAAUAUUUGGUCCUAAAUCAAAAUGAUUUAGAAAGAAUCAAUUCUGAUACAUUUAGUUUGUAAAAAGAUUUACUAUCCCUUUAGUUAGGUGGAAAUGGAAUAAUCGGCGCUGAUAAUGAUGAAUUUGAAAGCCUGGGAGCAUCUCUGAAGAUCUUUAAUCUGUCAUUUAAUGAUCUUACAGACUUACAUCCAAGGGUCCUUAAGCCCUUGUCCUCAUUGACUCAUCUUCAGGCAAAUUCUAAUCCUUGGGAAUGUGGCUACAACCUUUGGGGCCUUCGAGACUGGCUAGCGUCUUCAGCCAUUACUCUAAGCAUCUUUGGUCAGAAUCUCCCAUCCGUGCGUGGCAGAGCACUGCGUUCCGUUAGUCCGACUGACAUUGCAGAUUGCACUGCAUCUCCCACAGUAGGAUCCGGAGCUGAGGCUGUGCGUGGAGUCACACUCAUCACCAGAGGACUGCGUUAAUGAUGGCCUGGCAUAAAGUAACCACAAGUGGGAAACAUUUGGAAAAUACUGAAACGGAGAGCGCUACUUUCUGGGAGCAAAUUCGAACUUCACCUGCCAGUAGAUCUUUUCCAGAGAAUACCUUUGGUGGUCCAUUAGAGACGACUGCAGUGUUACCUGUGCAGAUACAGCUGACAUCUUCUGUUAACUUGAACUUGGAAAAACACAGUGCCCUACCGACUGAUGCAGCUUCUGUGUCAGGAAAAACGUCUGUGAUUUGUACACAAGAAGUUGAGAAGUUGAAUGAGGCUUUUGACAUUUUGCUAGCUUUUUUCAUUUUAGCUUGUGUUUUAAUCAUUUUUCUCAUCUACAAAGUUGUUCAGUUUAAGCAUAAAUUAACACCACAAGAAAACUCAGGGGAAAAUAGACUUGAAUACUACAGCUUUUAUCAGUCAGCCAAAUAUAAUGUCACUGCUUCAAUUUAUAACCCUUCCCCGAAUUCUCUCCGAAACCCUGGUCAGGAGCAGAUUCAGCUUCUUAAGCCAGUUGUUUCUGAAAGCGAGGCACAGGUCAUUCUGUUUGAACAUUCUGCUUUAUAGCUCAGCUACACAGUGACUCUAAGAGAAUGUCUUUCUUUUUUGUCAAGUGCUAUGGAUGUCAGUAAAACUGAAACCUCUUAAUAGAAUUAUAUACUUGGGAAUUAUAUGCUGGGAUAUAUGCAUUAUAUGAGCUUUGGCAUAAUUAAAAAUUAUAUAUUUUUAAAUUUGUGAAUAGUGUAUUCAUUCAGCAAAUAUAUUAUUUGAUAGACCUUAAGGAUUAGUGGCCCACGUUUUUGUGUGCCAAGCAGUGUUGCUGGAGGCAUCAAAUAGUAAUCACAUUUGAUCCGUAAAACAGUUGUGUUAAGUAGUGCUCUCUGCAUUGUGUGGGUAAGAAGCCUAGGCAGAGAGAUGAACUAGCCCAGGUUUUCA